AUGGUGAGUCCUCUGCUGACCACAACAUUUAAGCAGGAACAGCAGCCCCUCCUCUUUGGAAUCUUCCUGAGCAUCUACCUGGUCACUCUGCUGGGGAACAUUGUCAUCAUCCUGGCCAUUGUCUCUGAUCCACACCUCCACACCCCCAUGUGCUUCUUCCUGGCCAAUUUCUCCCUCCCUGACCUGUGGUUAGCAUCUACCACAGUCCCCAGGAUGCUGGUGAACAUCCAGGCCCACAGGAAAACCAUCCUAUGGUUCAUUGGUCUAGAUGUUUUCCUCCUGCCAGCGAGGGCGUAUGACCUGCUUGUGGCUAUCUGCCACCCCCUUCACUACACCUUGGUCAUGGCUCCCAGAUGCUGUACUCUGCUGUUGGUCAUGUCCCUAAUUCUCACUCAGUCAUACUCUCUGACCCACACCAUUCUCCUGGCUCAGUUAUCCUUCUGCAUCGACGGCAUCAUUCCCUACUUCUUUUGUGAACUUCUCCCCUUGUUGAAGCUCUCUUGUUCCAAUAUUUAUGUCAACCAGUGUGUGCUAAUAUACUGGGGAGGGGCCUUAAUCAUCUCAAUCCUCUUGCUAAUUAUCAUUUCUUACGUCCGCAUCAUGGCUGUCAUUGGGAGAGUCCCAACAGCAAGUGGGAAGUGGAAGGUCUUCUCCACCUGCAGCUCCCACCUCUCAGCAGUCUGCUUAUUCUAUGUGUCUGCUAUUGGGGUGUACUUCCUUCCCUCCUCUGCUGAUUCGGCCAGCAAGGACAGGAUUGCAGCAGUGACAUAUGCUCUGGUGACCCCCAUGCUGAAUCCAUUCAUCUAUAGCCUGAGAAACAAAGACAUGAAGAAUGCCUUGGGGAGACUCCUGAGUGAAAGGGCACCGUGA